CUCUUCCUGUGUCUUCAGUGAGAGCGAUACUAUUGUAAUCAGCGAGUUUGAAGGUCUGAGCAUCUCAUCCACACUGUGCACAAAAAGUUCGUCUUCCCUCGGUUUCUCUUUCCUACGGGCUCAGAACUCUUCCCUUGUCGCAAGCAGGCAGUUCUGGCAUGCCUGGGAGAGGAGCAGCCUACGAAAGCCUCUGAGCCUGCACCUAACUACUGCUUCUGUUCUCAGUGGGAGCCCCGGUGUGGAGACCUGAAAAGAUGGUGUUAGAUCUCCUGGACGGCUUUCCUGUCCUCCUAUUGCUGCUGGGAUUGUGGGGGCCAAUGUGUCCACUUUGGGCUUUGCCUGAGAAUCUUACCAAGGCUCGUUGGUUUGAAAUUCAGCAUAUACAGCCAAACCCUCUCCAAUGUAAUGAGGCAAUGCGUGUUGUUAAUAAUUAUACUCAGCACUGUAAGCCUCAAAACACCUUUCUGCAUGACUCCUUCAAGAGCGUGGCUGCUACCUGUGAGUUGCCCAAGAUGCUUUGCAAGAAUGGCUGGAACAAUUGCCACCAGAGUCCAAAGCCUGUUAGCAUGACCAACUGCAAUCUCACUGCAGGGAAGUAUCCUGACUGCCGCUACAACGGUGCUGUCCAAUACAAGUUCUUCAUUAUUGCCUGUGACCCCCCUCAAAAGAGCGACCCUCCCUAUCAGCUGGUUCCUGUACACUUAGAUAAGAUUGUUUAAAGUUUCCGUCACUUUUCCUCUCACUUGAUACAGGUUCUAUUAUGAUCUCUUCUGCCUUUUCUUUUGUUGAUUUCCCUGAUUCCCAUAGAAGAAAAAGGGAAAGUGUUGGAAGGAUUAGCGUGCCAAGGAUUCAAGACCAGAGUUGGGACAAAAAGAAAUAGGAUUCUUUUCUGCUUUUGAGCUCUGUGUAUUUCAAAGGAAAGCAAUAGGGAAGAGGGCAAACAAGGGUCCAGACCUCCAUAUUUUUAACCUUGGAACUCCUAUCAAUCUUUGUUGCACUGUAUUCAUAGCAAUAAAACCACUUUCUCCUGCAUUCUAAUGAGUGUGAGUAUGACUGUUUGAGAUCUCUUUCACACUAUUGCCAGCCUGGAGAGAUCUAGACCUGCCUAUGCCAGUAUUCCAAGGAGCACUAUUUUGGCUCUAGGUGUAGGGUAGGAAAAAUAAUUUUUCCUCUAUUCUUCUAGGUUCUUGGCUGAGAACCCCUAUAAUAAAAAAGACAGAUUAAUAGAAAACUAUUUUAAUUAUGUAUGUAUAUACGGGAGCCCCAUAAAGAUAUGGGACUCAAAAGGUGGCCAGAGGAUUGAGCCUUAUAUGCCAUCCUGAGCUGAGGAAAAGGAUAGGGGUCUAGGGCUUCAAAGGGAAGGAAGGCAAUCACAGGAAGGAGAGAAGAAUAAAUGUAUGGUAAACAAAGUUUGCCCUGCCAUGGAGACAAGUCUCCCAGAAGAAGUGAUCUCUGGUAAAGCCUUUCUUCCUGGUACAGGCCUCCUGUCUAAUGUAAACUUCCCUUAUAAAAGGGUAACUUCCACUCUGUUUUCAGAGCUUCUCCUGUGUCUGCCGUUCCUGAAAAUAAUCAGCUCAAAAUAAUCCUUAUGCCAAAGGGGCAUAUUUUGGGAUGACAUACUCUGUUCCCCUUCAUAGGUCACUUUCACAGAGGGAGUUUCAGUUUCUUUGUCAACC